AUGCACCGCGAUGUGAAGCCCGAGAACCUGCUGCUCUGCUCGCCCUCCGAUGACGUUGCUGUGAAGGUCACUGACUUUGGCAUCGCCGUGCCAAUCAAGCCAGGCGCCAAGCUAACGGAGUUCAUAGGGUCGCACAUGUACAUGGCACCAGAAGUCAUCAACAAGAGCUACAGUGCCGAGGCCGACGUCUGGUCGGCGGGAGUCGUGCUAUACGUGCUUCUGGCCGGUGUGCCGCCCUUCUGGGCGUCAACAGAAUCGGGGGUGCUGGAUGCAAUCGUAUCCAAGCCUCUCAACUUGUCCUUCCCUCCGUGGCCUUCCAUAUCCGCGGAAGCCAAGGACUUGAUAAAAGAGAUGCUUAAGAAAGAUCCGGCGGAGCGAAUCACACUGGACGCUGUGCUUGUUUCCAAUGCACUCCUGCUCUGA